UUUUGAUUAUUUCUCUUAGCUGCUACACUUUCAAGCUGCCGCGAAUUCAUAUUUUGCUUACAUGGUGCCCAUGCCGAUAGUGCCUGGAAUGUUGUCCUAACUUUCAAGUAGAAACAGUGUUCAGUAUCAAGUACAAACUUUUUUCACUACUUCGUCAAGUAUCAACUGUGUUAAAGAUAAUACCUGGUAUGUUGUCCUAACUUUCAAGUACAAACUGUGUUCACUUCAAGUACAGACUGUUUUCACUACUUGUUCGUCAAGUAUCAACUGUGUUAAAGAUAAUACCUUCUUCCUAACUUUCCUAUGUUGUCCUAACUUUCAAGUACAAACUGUUUUCACUACUUCUUCGUCGAGUAUCAACUGUGUUAGAGACAAUACCUGGUAUGUUGUCCUAACUUUCAAGUACAAACUGUGUUCACUACUUCUUCGUACAGUAUUAACUGUGUUCACUACUUCUUCGUACAGUAUUAACUGUGUUCACAAUACUUUUAAGUAUCAACAGUGCUCAAUAGGUUUUUGAGAAGUCAUGGCAGAUGAGAGCGGUGAUACCUGCCUCAUCACCUUGCUGUGUGGCGAGCUGAAGUUUGAACUUGAGCGCCAGCUGCUCAUCAAGAAGUCUGGUUACUUCAAAGCUCUUCUCGAGGGUUCGUUUGCUGACAGUCGCAAGUCCGUACACACCCUUGACCCGACGUUUGUGGAGCCUGUGUGUCUGAAGUUCGUCGUGGAGAAUAUGCAGCAGGAACACUCAGACGAUGCCUUCAAAGAUUUAUCUCUGGACUUCCUUACAAAUUGCGCACUUGUGUGUGAAGCUCUACAUGUGGAGUGUGUUUUGGAAAUUAUUAUGGAUAGAAUUCUUGAAAAGCUCGAUGAUGACGAUCACUUUAUUAAUUAUGCGAAGAUUCUUUACAACCUGGGAUUUGGGAGCCCCAAAGUGAUAAAGUAUCUAAGCAGUUCAAUUCAGUGGAAGUUUUUCGAGCUUGUAUGGUCGCCUCGCAUCUUGUUUAAGCUCACUGAAGCCGAGUUGUACUGGAUUUUACGUAAUCCUAACAUUGUUGACCCCACUGGAGGAGUUCUUUCCUUGUUGCUCAUUGAUACUUACGUCAGAAAUCAGGAUAACUGUAUGAGUCAUCCAAAGACUGCAGACGUUAUAGAAAAUUCUAACAGUGAGGCGGUGGAAAUUUCUCUGACGGAUGCCAGUCUAGAAAUGCUUCCAGCUUGCCAAGAAGAAGGCAAUAUGACACGCGAAGAAACUUUAAAUUCUGCAAUGACUGAUGAUGAAGGAGGUGUAGGUUGUACAUUCAAAUUCGGAAAGGAAGAAAAGCGGAAAAGUGCCAAACUCGAAGAAACGAAAGAUUAUUUCGAAGAAAGGACAGCAAAACUAAAUGAUGAAAACAAUGUCAACUUCGCUAAUACAUCACUUGGCGCUGCAGCGGAAACUCUUGGAAAGGGAAACAGCUCCGGAACAACAAACGGCAACAGUGCACUUGAGGUUUCAAGCCGUGUACGCCAUCUGACGGCUCGACUAGUCUACGCUCUUCGGGAGUCCAUGGACGCGCAACUAGGGACGGACUUGCCGGAGCACUACACGUUUAGAAAUAUAGACUCGACAGAGUAUAGUAUUUCCCCAUUGCACGGUGAUACAGAUACGGCAGGAGAUCGGAGCAACCGAAAUAAUGAUGAUGAUGAAAGUUGUUUGACCUAUAAACAAAAAGAAGUAAGAGCGAUGUCCAGUUUGCCUACAGAGCAGAAAGUUUCUCUUUCUCUAUCGUGGGAAGACGUCGAAAUCAUAAAAGAUUAUCGAAAUGACAAGAACUUCUUUAGGAGCUUGUAUUCAAUGCAAAGAAGAAACCCUUGGCUGCCUUGUUUUCUCGCCAUGUGGAAACCUAGUUGGCACAUUUCCAGACCAGGUUGGUGGCGACAAAAGUUCACUUUUCAAACGAACGGUUACGGCAGUUUCUCUUACAGAGAAACAACAAACUCUCAGGUAGGGGCUCCGGUCUUCUAUGAAGAAUAUCUAAGGGAGCUAUGUGCAUUCCAAAACACUAGUGAUAAAUUCAUACUGUCCUUCGACGAGGAAACCAAAAGCUUUGUGGAGGAACUCCACGUCUCCGGCAAUAAAGGCUACAAAAUUUGUUCCUAUGGUGAAGACUUGCUGGUUAUCGCUGGUGAAUGUGAUUAUAUUGGAAGCAACAGGUUUCCGACCUCCGUCUCCUGCUUCAACUUCCACUCAAUGAAAUGGAAGGAACUUAAAUCGAAAAAAUUAUGUCAUCGUACGUUUCAACAUUGCUGGUUGGCGUCUGAGGGCCUAUUGAUAUGUGGGGGUUUUGGCCAAUACCGAAAAAAGAAUAACUCUCGGAUCACUCUACUGAAGCAAGUCUAUUUUGGAACUGAAGAUGAGUCUGACGAAGCACAAGAGUCUGACGAGGAGAUUUUUCAUAACCGCGUUGGAUCAAAUUUGUCUCCCAAAAAAUUUCGCAGCACUCCUGAGAAAGAGAGCUGCGACUCCAAAUAUUGUGCCACGAACGGCUCAGCGGCUAUGAGGAAAUUGAUCUCCAACGAACCUCUACUUUUUCAAAAACCGAACAUGAAUUUGAAUGGGGGCCAUUCUUUCAAGUCGUCGGAGGAUGUCAUCUUCAAGACCAGCAAUUUUUGUGGAACAAAUUUCGAGAUUACUAGCGAGGUCUUCUUUACAGUUGGCCAUCAUCUCCUGACCAUCAAUGGACGUCACCUCCAAAUAAAAUGUCCGCACAAAAAUGACUGGAUUACCUUGACACUUCACGCGGGCGUGGAGUAUGAUAGAACAGAGUUCAAAUUCGAAGCCGCCAUUCCCUAUGGUUCCGGUGUCUACUUGAUUGACAUGAGGCAUGGAGUGUUCUUCAUGCCGCUGCACACGUGGAAGUCUGUUGAACAAAACGAUUCGGACUACUCCAAGAACCUCGUUGCUCGGAUCUUCCUGUACGGAACAUUCAACUGCCAGCUCUUUCAAGUGUGUCGUGUCAGAAACAAGCUCUUCUGUGUCGGUAUGCGUACGGCCAGCGCUGAGAUUUUCCCAUGGAUUAGCCCACAAUCAAAAUGGAACUCUACUCAAGUUGAAGUUCUGCCUCUGGCCUACAUGCCUCUGAAGGUCAUACCGAUGACGGACAGCGUCGCUAGUCCAGACACGACGCCAUCUAAUGCGACAGAGUCUUCACCUGAGUCUCUCGUCAACCUCCUUGCGAAGACUGUGGAAGAAACCGCGGGCAGCAAGGAGAUCAGUUCCGAUGUGCCAAAAAAUGAGGAUUUUUUCAUGUCGAAUGUGAUGCCAAGUGCUGAAAUCGUCCGCAGAGUUGCUGCCUCGCAACAUCGUCUGCUCGAUCGCGUUCUGCUAGCGCCACUGUUGGACUUUAGGCAAAAAGCUAACGGCGAGUCCGAGGGGCUCUCGGAUGCCGGUAGAGCAGCGCUGCAUCUACUCGACGAUAUGCAUACCAACUUGUAUGCUAACUGGGCUUUCCCUGCCACAGAUGUGCCUAACACUCCCGAGACGAGUUUACAUCGAGAGGAUUGUUCAUGGUGCCGAAAAUUUUUCAGUCGUGACUCGUUUGACGAAAGUUUCGGAUUGGUUCCUCUCAAAAGUGAAGUGAUAGUAUCCAGUCCUAGUGCCGAUAAAUGGUAUUUGUUACAUGGGCGUGGAUUUCCUCCACAUUUCGAGAACACCAUUGAGCCUUUUGUUGUGCUCAAGAACCGAUAACUACGUUCAAUUCAGUAUUAACUGUAUUGAGCAUAACCCACCAGAGUGUUCAUAAUUUUCAGCUAUAGAUGGUGUAAUAAUUCUACAUAGUAAUGGAGCUGGCGAACUGAAAGCGGUUUUAUCAAUAUUUAAUUUAACUUUAUUUGUCUCGUUUCAAUUUUCGGUGGAUGAUGGUGCCGAUAGCAUGAUUUCGAGUGCUUGCGAUGCUACAAAACACCCUGAAGUUUAUAGAAGCUCAUAUCAACUCGGAUAUCUGGUUGGAGCACGGAGAGAGGAGUAUAACAAAUGGUGGACAUGUUAAGACAUAUCAUUUAGAGAUUUAUAUAUCCCUGCUGGAUAUAAAUCUCAAAAAAUAGCUAUUACCCUGCGUAUUCAACAUAGCCAGUCCAUUAUUCGAGUCUUGUUUUUACUCGAAAUCCUAUCGUGCACCAUCUUCGUAAAGGUACUACUAUAUCUUUACGACGCUGUUUUAGCUGUGUCGACACUUGCACGUCCAAAAGAGGUGUUAAUCUCCAAUGUCAAAGAUAUUUAUUGUACCGCCAAUUUGGCGGAACCCGAUGAUCUGGAGGUCGUCAUGAAGAAUAUACUACAGGACACGCUACCAAAGCCGUCUAAGAUCUGUGUUAGGGCACCUAAAAAUGCUGCACACUAGUGUUGAAGCUCAAUAGGUAAAUAUAAUAAUUUUUUUAAACUUCUAACUAGGAAUAACUUAGAUUUAUACAGUUCAUAAACUUUAAUGUCUU